AUGAGCGACAACUUCGUCCCCCCGAACCAGCAGCGCAACCUGCGCGCCUGCAUGGUCUGCUCAAUCGUAAUGACCCAAAACCGAUUCCUCAAGGAGGGAUGCCCCAACUGCGAGGAGUUCCUGCAUCUGGAAGGCUCCAUGGACGCCAUCAUCGACUGCACGUCUCAGGUCUUCGAAGGCCUGAUCACCCUCGCGGAUCCGAGUAAGAGCUGGGUCGCAAAGUGGCAGAGACUGGAUGGCUACGUGCGCGGCGUCUAUGCGACGAAGGUCAGUGGGCAGCUGCCUGAUGAGGUAGUGGCCGUUAUGGAAGACGAGGCGAGGAUUAAGUAUAUUCCGAGAGAUGGAAGUGCUACGGAAGCAGAUUGA